AUGGCCGGCAUCAAAGCCCUCAUCAGCCUGUCCUUCGGCGGCGCCGUGGGCCUCAUGUUCCUCAUGCUGGGAUGCGCCCUGCCGCAGUACAACCAGUACUGGCCGCUGUUCGUGCUCUUCUUCUACGUGCUGUCGCCCAUGCCGUACUGCGUGGCRCGGCGGCUCGUGGACGACACGGACGCCGCCAGCAACGCCUGCAAGGAGCUCGCCAUCUUCCUCACCACGGGCAUYGUGGUCUCCGCCUUCGGGCUGCCCAUCGUGUUCGCCAGGGCCGAGCUGAUCUACUGGGGCGCCUGUGCACUCGUGCUCACCGGCAACACCGUCAUCUUCGCCACCAUCCUCGGCUUCUUCCUGGUCUUCGGCAGCAACGACGACUUCAGCUGGCAGCAGUGGUGACGCGGGGCGCCCCCGGCACUGCCUCCCGCCGCCCGCGCCGGCCGCGUGGCCCGUGGAUCUCCCGGCUUCGCGGGGCGUCGCGGCGGCCGGCGCCGCUCCUGCCCACGGUACGUUCCGUAGGCGCUCUCCCGGCUUCCAGUUGUCGUUCCCGCGCUGUUUCGUGUCCGUGUGAAACGUUGGGAGCCGGAACAAGAACGUUGGCGGGCGCUUGCGGAGAAGAGCAAGCGACGUUUUCAAGUCGAGCAGCAAAGCCGAGCUUUGGAAAACUUUUGAAUACAGUGAUUGAACUAGGACACCUCAAAGCGGUGGGCGAGGUAAGAGGUCGUGCAGCACCACCAUCAAUSAGAUGUACUCGGCGUGUUCCUGAAUGGAAACAGGCACGACGCGGGAAGAGCCGGUGGCAGAUCCUCGGGCCGCUUACAUCCGGGGUGUCCGUUGGAGGAGGCAGCCGAAGGGCAGCCGGGCUUCCCCGGGGAAAAGCCAGAAUUUUAGCCUCGUUCCCGCUUCGACCCGCUUCGUUCUCCACCGUCACGCGGCUGCAACGUGCAAGUGUUCUGUAAAUUCACUGAUGCUGUGACAUGCAAAACUGAAUGCCAUUGGGGGGGAGGGAAAAUGAUGUUUAAAUUCCUUUGGUUUUUGUUUUUUUAAUCUCUUUGGAGCUGCUUCUAUUUGUAAGUAUUGUAUUGCUGCUCUCGUUACCAAAGGUGGUAGCGUGUUCAUUGAUGGGUCUGUGUCGAUUUGAAGCAUUCACAAAASCUCUGCAUUUCCCCUCCCUAAUUUAUUUUGUGUGUAGCCUACACGGAGUACAUCUACGUUUCCCCUGUAGAUCCACACUUGCCGCGUGUCCCGCGGCCUCAGAGCGAAGCUGUUUUCCCCUCCGCACAGCGCAGUUGCUGCAUGACAUCUUUGCAGGUCGCUGCCUGRUUUCAGGGGCAUUUUUAAGUUCUCCCGCGCUGUUCGUUGGUAUUUGAUGCUGUGUCUAGAGCUGUGGCUCUUUUUCCGCGAGGUGACACAAUUCCCGAUGUUUUUGGCACAUUGUCUUUGUACCUCUCCGUGGUCUGAAUCGCCCGUUUAUAGCAACGUGCCGUCAGACGCUCUGCAGGGAGCGCGCCGGCAAGCCCGCUAACCAGCUCGGUACCAAAACCUUCUGACCAAAAAUCUUCUACACUCCGUUUUUAUUCCAUUAAAAGUGCUCUGCGUGGUUAGAUGGCUCAGAUCCUCUUGGACUCCCGGCUCCGAGGGGACUCCGCGUCCCUCGGGGAUUCCCUCGGGGAUGCGAAGCGGCUGUUCCUUGUCCCGCCCCUGCUGCUUCCCCCUUUUGUUUUAUUU